AUGAAUAAUAGUAGAUCGCAACCAAUAACUCCGCUAAGAAAUAGACAACUAUCAAAACUAAAUCAAUCUCAAUUUUUAUCACAACCAAAUUCAGUACAAAGACAACAAAAUGGAAAUAGAUUUAUUCAUUUACCACCUAUAAAUUCAAGUAAUCUACUGAUUCUGAUUCAGUCAAAUCUAACUUCACCUAUUAAACACAUAUCCCCAAUUAGAUCCAGAAAACGAAAAUCCUUAAGUAGACCAACCACCCCCACUAAUAAAAGAUCAAGAAGAUCAUCAAUAAUAAUAAAUACAUCAGGUGAAAAAUUAUUCAAUCCAAAUUAUAAAGGACCUGUCUCAAUGGAUUAUAUGAAAGUAUUUCUUAAACUAUAUGUAAAACAAGAAAAAAGACAACUUGAAAAGGGUAAAACAGAACAAUUACUACCACUACCAGAUUAUACUCCCCCAGUAAUUAAUUCAAAACCUCAAAGACUAAGUGAUAUUACACCAGAUGAAUUUAAUCAACUGUUAAUCAUACCUUCAAAUUAUCAAGAAUUGUUAAAUUAUUCAGAUGUUAAAAAUCAAAGUUUUCAAAAAGAUACUACAAUACAAUCAACUCUGAGUGAUUUAAAUAAUGAACAAGAAUCAUUUAUUAAACCAAGGCCAAUAUCAUACCUACAAAAAAUAUUAUUAUCUAAAAGUAAUAAAAAUUCAUUUGUUGAAAAUAUCGAAACACAAGAAAAUGAAAUAGGUGAAAAUCAACAACUACCACUACCUCUAGAAACAGAAGACCAAGGUCCGGUUCAUAUAGAAAAUGAUGAUUUUGAUUUUGAUUUUGAGUCGAAUUUCAUGGAUAUAGAUCCUGAAUUAAUCUCAAUUCAACAACAACAACAACAAUCAGAACAAACUCCAUCACAUCAAUCAAUUUCAGAAACACCACAACAACCAACUCAAUCUAAAUCCAUUUCAGAAACACCACAAGAAGAACCAGAAGUUCAAUUUGAUUUUUCACCACCUAGAUCUCAUUCAGCAUCACUUAGAGUCAACAAUCCGAGAGAUGUCAUACAACAAGAAUUCACAAUUGAUGAAAAUCUAGCAGAUACAAGUAUAUUCACAGGUGAAACAGAACAAGAUGAAAUAGAACCUAAUACAAAUCUGAAAAGUUUUGGAAUAUUACGUAAACAUCAAGAUAAAAAGAAAAAGUCAUUUGAAAAAGAAAUAGGUAAUAAAGUAAGUAUAAAAGAUGUAGGGAAUAUAAUCAAAUCAAUUCAAACUCAAAUGAGUCAAGGAGGAAGUCAAAAAGUGAAAAAAGCAAACAUGAAUCAAAUAAAAUUGAUCCAGGAGAAGUCGGAUACGUUUUUAAAUAAUUUAAUGAUGGAUUUGUCAGCAUAUGCACAACAUAGAAAAUCAAAUGAAGUAAGUUUGAUAGAUGUGUUGUUAUAUUUAAAAAGAAUUAAAUUUGCAGAUAAGAAUAAUGGUAAUGAUAUGACAGCUGAGGUUGAUAAGAUUUCUGAAUUGGCUCAACUGUUUUUGCCUUUGGAGUGUUUGAUUGCUUUGGAUAAUGAUUUGUUAAUUACAAGUUCUAAAAAUGGUUAUGAUUGA